AAGAGUGCUGAAGAAAAAGACAGUGAAAUGGAGGACAAGAAGAAAAUUAAAUCGUUUCCGUUGGUUUCCUGCAGAUCUCCCACUUCUGAGCUUCUCCACCAUCCCGAUGAGAAACUCCUGCAGGAGUUCUUCCAGAACGCACUCACCGCCGUUAGGAACAUGGUGUUGGCAGAGACGCAGCGAGAAGAGGAAGGUGAUGAAGAACAGAAGCCCAUAGAGACACCACAGACUUCAAACUCUGCUACGGACCGUAAGAAAGCAGGGAAAAAGAAAGGUGCUCCCACCCCUCCUCAGGUGCCCAGUCCUCUGCCCACAGUGGUGCAGAACCCUGAGGAGGUCAAGAGGAAGGCAGAGAGGAAGAGAAUCAAACUGGAGUUCACAUCCGCACUGAAACGUGAAGAACAUGCGGUGAAGCUGCGUUUGGAUCUGGUGAAGGCUCAUGCCCUGAGGAACGUGAGCAGUCUUCAGCUGAGAGCAGAACAGGUCUACAGGAACAUGGAGGAGUGGCUGGGAGCUCGCUUUCUGUCUGAGAUCAACAGUAUCGACCAGCUGACAGAGUUUGUGCGGAAGCACAUUGAGAAUGCAGUUCAGAUCCAUCAUGAGCUCGUGCUGCAGAGCGCUGAUUUCUGCGUGGAUGGAGACACACGUGUGGUGACGAGUCCAGUAUCCGCCACGCGCCGAUCGCUGCUGGAACAGCCCAGAAACAGCACUCUCACAGUCCAACAGCUGCACGUCCUCUGUGCUCAGAUGAGCAAGAGCGCCCCGACUGGUCUGCUGUGCAGUAAUGAGUUGACUGAAAAUCUGCAUGAAUUAACUUCUCCUCAUAUGGGUAGUGAUGUCCUGUCUGAGCCCUGGAUGCAUAUCACUCCCUCACAGGUAGAUGAGCUGGUGUGUGUAUUAGCUCUGGACUCUGAGAUGUUGGACUGGCGUCAGUUCCUGCUCAGCGCUGCUCUACCGUGGCCGUUUCCCUCUCAGAUCGAGUUGUUAAAAACCCUCCAGCGCUUCAGAGCCGUCGACACUACAAGAACUGGACUCAUCACACAAGAACAAUACACACAGGUUGAAUUGUGGUUUUCCAGUGAAAGAGAUCCUCCUGUCCCGGAUGACCCAACUGAACCUCUGCUCUACGACAGACUAGCCAACCUUAAGAAGUUUUUCUUCAGUCUGUUUGCGAGCUCACACACAUCUCGACUGAUGCUGGACUAUCUGAACAUGCUGCUGUAUUUCUGCUGUCAUCCUGAACCGGCUCAGGGCUUCACCAGAGCGCUGGGCCUCGUGAUCGGACACACACUGCACUAUAAACACACCGGCCCACUUACACAGUCUGUGCCGUAUUUGGAGGGCGCUGGAGUCGAGGCUGAUGGAGAGCUGGAGAGAGAGGAGGAGUCUGAUGAAGUGGGCGUGUCAGUUGAUGAUGUGCUCAGAGUUCUGAGUCGUGGAGACGAUCACGUCUCUUCAUAUCUGAACCGAUUCCAGCCGAACCGCAGGAGCAGAGAUGAAUUCAGAGAGGAGCUGCUGAAGGUGUUUAAGGAGUUGGGUUUUAAGGAUGAGGAGAGGAUUGCGUUCUCCACACUUUCCCAGCAUCCCUUUCUGCAGGAUCUAAUAGAAGGAUCCUCACAGUACCUGCUUCACGACAUUCACAGAAUUUUCCAGACAAAACAAACUGAAGAUCCACAAAGCUUCUCAACAUGAUUAACACUCAAUAACAACACACACCAACACAUGAAUCACAAGGUGAUGGUAAUGCUAUAAACAUUAAAGUUGUAUUUGGUAUAUUAAUGGUUUUAUUUAAAGUAAUUUACAUCUUAAUUAUGAAAAACAAUGAUCUGCUGAAAUGAUCCUUUAAUAAACUAAAUGUUUCUAAAUGUAUUUAUUAACUGAAGUGGAGAUACACAUUUUGAUUUAGUUGUGUAUUCUUGUCUCAUAGUACAGCAAUAUUGUCAAAUCGAAUCAUUUGUGUGAUUUGAUGUAAAAUCAACACUUAUGUAAAGUAAAAAAAUGUUAUAUAUAUAUAUAUAAUAUAAAGAAUAUAUGAGUGAAAGAUUUAUUUGAAAGGAGUAUGUUAAUGAAUAUAUUAAUGAAUACACAUGUAUGAAUAAAAAUGUAAAGAAAAUAUAAUAAAGAAUGAACUACA